GAGAAAAAGCAGCAUGUAGGAAGUCAAAAUAGUGCAGCAGAAUUAUCACUACAUGAGGACCAUCGAGUAUAAAAAAUGAGCAUCUUUGAACAGGGCACUGCGCCACACUCUUUUGACCAGUUUAUGUACCUUUUAGUGUUGGACAUUUUCUCUAACAUGUAACUUCACUAUAAAUACCAACUUUUAGGGACAUUAAAUUCAUUCCAUCUCUCGUUUCUUUGAAAAUCAGGAUCAUGGCAGUUGCAUUGAGACAUGCAUUCUUGAGAAAUUUUAUUUGGGCCAUCAAACUAUAUGGCCUUGGGUUUAGGGAUAUGACCAUGUUGGAGAGAGGAGUUGCAAUCAAAAGAGCGGCAGAUAUAGCUAUGGCAUCGGCUUCCGGUGCUGCAAUUUGGAACGACAGCCUGAUCAACAGCAUCUCUCGAGUUUAUCAAGAAGGCAACAUCAUGAAAAGCUGUGGUAUGCUAGACAAUGGACGGUCUGUCAUGGCAAGAAGCAAAAAGAUAGGGAAGAACAGAGUGUUAAGGAGAUAUGGCAUUCAUCAGAGGAAGCAAUCAAGCAGAAGGAUUUAUACGGCAGUUACCACCGAAAGGGAAACAAGUAAGCGAAUCAAGGAGUUGAGGAGCAUCGUUCCAGGCGGAAGAUUUGCAGACACAACCUCCCUCCUGAGUAAGACAGCAAACUAUAUCCUCUUUCUCGAAGCCCAGGUUUCUGCCAUGAACCAUGCAGCUAGUGUCUUUGAGAGUUUGAGAGAUCAAGAUCGAAAACACACUUCAACUGUGCGUGCAUCAUGAACUGCAAGGGCCAAGGAGAAAAGGUCACCUGCGUCCAAUGGCAGCAAAGGUAAAGCCACCCAUCUGAAUUGGCAAUGGAACGAUGGGGUUUGUUUUGCCAUCUUGUAUUCACUUUCCAGUUUACUCUAUUUUAUCUAGCACGCAGUGUUUCCACAUGCACUGUUAGUAGGUGAACCAUGUCUUUUAGUAAGCAUGAAAUCUAUCUAUUAAGAAUGUGGAACCACUUUUUAUUACAAGACCGCGAAAUUGGAGCAUCAUAACAAAAGGGAGCCCCACUUAGUUCUUUCCCACCAGCUCGCGAUUACAUAAAACUUAAAAAUUCAGGUGAGGAAAACCUGAAUACAGGGUGCCGAUUUUUCUCAUCUACUCUGUAUUUUCAUCGCAAAGUUGAGCCCAUCGAUGUGAUACAACUUUGCCAUCUCAUUCUGGUGCUGGCAAAGAAAGGGACUCAUGGAAAGGUCUGUGUUCCUUUCACCUGCUUGAAACAAAAAGCGCCUAAGGUCUUUAUCCCUGUCCCAUGGAUAAGGACCUUGAUCUAUGGGAGGUGACACAAGUUUCCUUUGUGAAUGGAUGAAAGAACAGGGCCUAAGAUGUUUGUCAUGCUCCCAUGGAGAGGAAGGCACGCAACCAAUUUUUAAUACAUGGCAAUGGAUCCCAUAUAUAUUUGGAACAGCCACCGAAUUUAUUUCAAGUGUGCCCCCAAGAUAGAAGUUCCAUGGAAUAGUGUGAACAUGUUAAACAACAUAAAUCAAGAUAACUGGCACAAUGCACAUGAAAUUUGAGAGUUUCAGUCCUGGUCCUCAU